GAUCCGACAACACUGUCUCGUUAGGUUAUAGUAUUGCUCUCGAUCAAAAAUCUAUUAAUGAUGUAUCAGUCUAUGAAAUGUAAAAAGUGCAGAACUGUUAUAUUCGAUGAAGAACAAUGCAAAAGUAUAUUUGUAAAUUCGCACAAUGGAGAUUACGAAGAGGACAUAAGUGAUUUGGAUUGUCAGGUCGAGGAGACUUUGGUGUUCUUGAACGAAGAUAAAUUACCGGAUUGGAUCAAGUCAGAAGUGGAGGCUGUGCAAUGGUCCAAAGGCAAAUUGAACUGCAAGUCUUGCAACAAUCGUUUAGGCGCAUUCGAUUUCGUUUCAGGUCCGAAAUGCGGAUGCAACGAAUUUAUAUUACCGUCUGUACACAUGAUCAAAAGCAAAAUUGAUUUAAUAAAGAAGCAUUUGAAGUAAAA